ACCUGUAUGACUCAUUGUCGUUAUAAAUAGCCAGGUAAGGUGAAGGUCAUUUUGGCUAGCGAGAUGUAACGCUUUGCCUUUUGAUGUUUGUGUAAUAUUUAUUGAUUUUUAUGGUUAGUUAUUGUGUAAUUUUAUUAAUAAUAUAUUAAGUAAAUUGAUGUGGACAUUUAAACUGAAUGUACAUAACAUUACGGAUUUUCCACACGCCAUAUUUGUUCAACAUAAUAUAUAUCAGGUACAUAGGAAAUCGAAAGUAAAGUUCUUUGUGCAGCUUAAAGGCCAUCAAAGUCUUCACAUUGCACGUGUGGCAUUAACAACAAACAUGUUUCAUGAAGUGAAGGGGAAAAAUAUAACCUUUGACAAAAAUAGAACCACAGCCACCUGGAGCCCCGUCCAGUCUGGGGGACUACUGUUCACAGAGAGACCUUUGACAGCCACUGAGCCUGUUACCUUAACGUUGCAAGGUACAGGUGCGAUAGAACUUGGCAUUACACAAAUAGAUCCGGCGACGUUACUAGGCAAAGUGCCCGAAUCAGCCAGUAAUUUAGAGAAAUAUCAUUUCUUGAAUGAUGUAAAGAUCCACAAACGGACAUGUACAAUGUGUAUAAGACUCGACGACAAAACUCAGGAGGUAAUCUCGAGUUACGGUGGCGGGGAGUAUAAACAGGGCAUUGACUCGAAUAUUCUUUACUGGCUUGUUGCUGAUGUGAAAUACGGGGCUGUUGACAUGAAACUGGACAACACAGACUCGCAGAAUCUGCGGCACCAGUUUUCUGAAUCCUGUGGCGGUAACAUGAAGAGACUGAACGAUCCAUCAGCAGCUACAAGUCAGGUGAAAAGUCCCGCUGCCCUUUGUUUUUAUUCGGAACCUAUUACAACCCGGAAACAGUAUGUGCUACAUUGUACACCAAAGGCUUACCAAGGGACUAUACCUGGAAGAUAUUAUGUAGUAAUGAGGUACACGAAGCAGACACCUAAUGAAUUCCAGCAACAAAAUGAAGAAAAGUUUGACAUUUUAAAACAGACUGAGAGUCUAUCUAAUUCCAGACCAGACUGGCACCAGAUUGAAAAGUUUGAGAAAGACGAUUGUACAGGAAAUCCUAUUAUAGUAGAAUUCACUGGGGACUCAUUUCUCUACAAAACGGCGUCGGGUAAACGCAGUAAGCAAAACUGCCGGACAAAUACUGACUCUGGUGUGUGGCUAGUGUAUGAACUAUACGGCGUAACCGCCAGACUAGAAAUAAUCAAUGUUUCAGACAGGCAUGGUUAUGGCAGUAAUAUUGGUGAAUCUCUUACUGAAGGCGGAAAUUUGGCAGUACCAAGUAUUCCGGAAGAAACAGAAGCCGAUUUGGAAAAUAUACCAGUAGAGAAUUUAGAGGAAUGUUUACCAGGUGUUUCAGGGUCGUCUCGUAACACUCAUCCUCGACCUGUGAGUCAUCCCAAUACAAUUGCACGUGGUAUAAGUAAUAUAGAGGACCCGGUGUCACUGGAUAAACCAAUCCGGAAGAACUUUACCAAGCUUAGAGACACGUUUAUUGUGAAUGAAUUUAUUGACUAUAUGUUUGAAAACGAUAUGAUUACACGUCAGGAAUUUGAACAAUUUGAACAGACGAGUCAGCAAGAUAAGACAAAGGCUACAAAGAAGGUUUUAAUGAAUUUAUCAGCUCGACCAGUCAGUAAAAAGUUCAUGUUAAUGGCAUUAGAAAAUACAAAACAGCAGUUUUUGAUUCCAUAUUUUUUUCCAGAUGAAGAAAAGGAAUGAGAAAUCAUAUAUAACAGACACUUUUGAAAUUAUCUAGUUAUGAUUCCAAUUUUUAUUGCUUUAAUCAGGUCACAUGGUACUCUUUCUCGGACAUUGUAAACAUCGCUCAGCGAAUACUUAAGUCGUCAUCCAUGCACAAUGCCUUUUAAAUGUUUAAUGUUUAAUUCUGUAAUGUUUUAAUUUGGUUGGAAUUAUGAGAAUCAAUUUCUGUGAGAAUCAAUUUAUUUUUACUUACAGAAGUAAGUGCGUGAUGUAAACUGUAAAACACUUGUAAGUUUGACAUGAAAAAAUCUGCACACUUAAUGAAUUUGCAGCUUUUAUAAAUAUUUUACGCUGAAAGAAGCUGAUUCAGUUCUGUAAGAUUAUAUUCCCCUAGAUCGUAUUCAAAUUGUUUUUUCUCGAUUGCUGUCGUUAUUAGUCCCCUACUGGUUGAAAACCAGUUUCGGGGACUAUAGGAAUGCGCUUUUCCGUCAUUCCGUCCGUCCGUCCGUCCGCAAUUUCGUGUCCGGUCCAUAACUCUGUCAUCCAUGAAGGGAUUUUAAUAUUACUUGGCACAAAUGUUCCCCAUGAUGAGACGACGUGUCAUGCGCAAAACCCGGACCCCUAGCUCAAAGGUCAAGGUCACAAUUUGAGGUCAAAGGUCAACAGGGCUUUUUUCCUGUCCGGUCCAUAACUCUCCCAUCCAUGAAGGGAUUUUAAUAUUACUUGGCAUAAAUGUUCCCCAUGAUGAGACGACGUGUCAUGCGCAAAACCCGGACCCCUAGCUCAAAGGUCAAGGUCACAGUUGGAGGUCAAAGGUCAACAGGGCUUUUUUCCUGUCCGGUCCAUAACUCUCCCAUCCAUGAAGAGAUUUUAAUAUUACUUGGCACAAAUGUUCCCCAUGAGAAGACGACGUGUCAUGCGCAAAACCUAGACACCUAGCUUAAAGGUCAAGGUCACAAUUUGAGGUCAAAGGUCAACAAGGCUUUUUUCCUGUCCGGUCCAUAACUCUCCCAUCUAUGAAGGGAUUUUAAUAUUACUUGGCACAAAUGUACCUCAUAAUAAGACGAUGUGUCAUGCACAACUUUCAAACCCCUAGCUCAAAGGUCAAGGUCACACUUAGCAGUCAAAUGUUAACAUAGCAUGAACAGGGUCUGUUUCGUGUCCGGUCCAUAACUCUGACAUUCAUUAAGGAAUUUUAAUAUCACUUAGCACAAGUGUUCCCCAUGAUGAGAUGACGUGUCGUGCGCAAAUCCGAGACCCCUAGCUCAAAGGUCAAGGUCACAAUUGGGGGUCAAAGGUCAAUAAGGUUUUUUCCCUGUCCGAUCCAGAACUCUGUCAUCCAUCAAGGGAUUACAAUAUUACUUGGCAUAAAUGUUUCCCAUGAUGAGACGACGUGUCAUGCGCAACACCCAGUACCCUAGCUUAAAGGUCAAGGUCACACUUUGAGAUCAAAGGUCAAGAGGAUUUUUUUCCUGUCCGGUCUAUAACUUUGUCAUGCAAAGCAGGAUUUAGAUAUCAGUUGGCACAAAUAUUCCCCUGGAUGAGACAACAUGUCAUGUGCAAGAACCAGGUCCCUAGGUCUAAGGUCAAGGUCAUAUUUAGAGGUCAAAGGUCAAAUUCAAGAAUGACUUUGUACGGAACAUUUCUUCUUCAUGCAUGGAGGGAUUUUGAUGUAACUUGGACCAAAUGUUCACCACCAUGAGGCACCCUUGUUUUUAGAAUUACGUCCCUUUGUUGUUACUAUAAAUAGAUUUUAUUGUAACUUUUUUAUUACUGGCGGUAGAGAAAAAUCGAGACCACUUUUCUGUGGUACAGCAUGCAUGUUACAUCCAAUUUUUAGGUGUAUUUUGACCUAUCUCUACCUGGUAAAGAGUUUCUUGUGGACUUAAAUUAUAUAGAUUUUUUUUUUUUUUUUUUUUUUUAAAGAUUAAUUUCCCUUUGUUGUUACUAUAAAUAACUUACAUGAUAACAUUUUUAUAAUCAGCCAAAAAAAUUCAAUAUGAAAACAACUAUAGGUUUUUAUAUAUAUAAAUUUUAAUCCAAGUGUUUUGUUAUAGCAUAUUGUAUAUAUAGUACAAUAUUGUUUAUACAACAUUGACAGAUAUCAGUUCAUUAUGUUAUACUGCAGUAGAGAAAAUUAGGUGCCUUCCAGUAGGGGACUUUGUAUUGCAUGGCAAUACUUCAUUCACUUGUUUUACGAUGUGACAAAGGCUAGAGUAUACUUAUUUAGGAAUACCCGGAUAAUUUUUUAUAUCAAAAUGUGAUUUUAGUUUUACUUGUAUAUAUAUCUAUAAAUCUACAACGCAAGUUCAUUUUUUUUUCAGCCUUCGAUAUCUUAUAUACCCAUUUUACAAUAGUUUAUGUAGAGUCCUUUGUCUGAGAAAAAUGGUUUCCGACUGGGCAUGUUCCUAUUCUUCUUAUAAGACUUAUUUCAGUUAUU